AUGGUAAGGCCACACUGGGUUAUAGCUCUGUACUGCGUGAAGGCGAUCUUGGUGCUUGACCAAGAAGGCGGACGGCUGUGUGCGCGGUACUUCACCGACGACUGGGGUCCCCUCGACAAGCAGCUGGCCUUCGAGAAGCAGCUCCACAAAAAGGCGCAGCCCCACGCCCAAAUCAUCGCGCUGGAUAACAACGUGAUCGUCUACAAGAACUCGGGCGACGUAGCCUUCUACGUGGUCGGCGACUCGGACGAGAACGAGCUGCUCCUGGAGAGCGUACUCUCCACCCUCACCGAGGCCAUCAGCUUCCUUCUCAGGGCGGACGAGUCCACAUGGAACCAAGUCGACAGGCGGACGCUCGCCGAGAAUCUGGACUACCUCUACCUGGUUGUCGAUGAACUGGUGGACGGCGGGAUCGUGUUGGAAAGCGACCCCAAGGCCAUCGCCGACCGGGUGGCGAUGCGAGACACGGCGGCGGAGGCCAGUGGCGGCAGCGGCGGGCCCAUCUCCGAGCAGACGAUCGCCAAGGCCUUCUCCGUGGCCAAGGACAUUUUCAUGGGCUAA